GGGAAAAUCCUCCUUCCCUUGGACAUGGCGCGCACCUGCCUGGCAGCCCCAGCCGGCUCCAGCACCGCGCUGUGCGGGUCCGUGCUGUUCAGGGUCUGCCGCGGUUUGGGCGGCGGGGGCGGGGGUGGGGGCGCGACUGGAGCACACCUAUACGCAUCGGUGUACUGAGCCCCAGGGUGCUGAGCUUAGGGUGCUGAGCCCCAGGGUGCGCGCGGAUCCUGCCCGACUCUGCGGGCAUGGCGUCCCAGGUGCUGCAGCUGCUCAGGCAGGGCGUGUGGGCCGCGCUCACAGGGGGCUGGUACCACGAUCCGGAGCAUAGCAAAUUCACUAACAGCUGCCACCUCUACCUGUGGCUGUUCCUGCUCCUGCUGCCACUGGCGCUGCACCUGGCUUUCCCUCCAAAUGUCCUCACUGCGCUGUUCUACUGCGGCUCUGUGACCAUCUUCUUUGCAGUCAUCAAGCUUGUCAGCUACCGACUGCACCUCAUGUUCGACAAGGGAGAAGUAAUCCAGCACCGAUCCCCAAGAAAGAGAAGCAAGCGGAGGCCAGAGGGAGAGCCCAGCAGCCAGCACAUGGCCAGGCACAAACACCCAAGCAAUAACAGGCAGAUUCACAGCACCAAGAAGGAAGAGCCUCGAGGGAGCCUGACCACACCACCCCUCUGCUGCAGCUCCCGAGGGCAGAGUGUCCACUCCCAGCAUUCCUCGGGGCCAUUGGAGUUGCCGGCACAGGAGACAGUAGAAGACCUCAAAGGUGUCGUUCUGUCAGAGGAUCAACCUGAGGCCCUGGUGUCAUCUACCUCACCUGGCAUGAAGUCAGAAAGUCUACCUGCCUCUCAGGGGCGUACACCAGAACCCACUCCCAGACCGGCAUGCCCAGGGAAGCCAGUUACCACAGAAAUCUUCACAGCAAGAAAAGGGAAAGAGCCAGGGAGCGCUGGCCAGCGUCCAGCCCGCCACAGGUCUGAGAGUGGCCUGGUGAACACUGGAGCCUUGAAGAAGUUGCCACAUCUGUCAUUGUCUCAGUAUGACUUAUUAGAAACUGACAUCUCCUUCCAGCCGUGGGGCAGCGAGCACUCAGUUCUGAUUCCACAGCCUAAGUGUACCCAGGGCCCCACCAGGGCACUGCCACAGAGCAGAUCACCUCAGGACAGCCUGAGCAGCAGCUGCUGUCAGUGUAACACAGUCCUAGCCAAACCCACAGAGGAGGAGCUGACCCAGACAUCCGGUCAGGUGGAACUGCCCUUGAACCAGGAAGUGGUUGACUCAGACAGCGAGGUAGCAGUGACUCUUAUUGACACCUCUCAGCCUGGAGAGCCGCUGAGUCUGCAUGAACCCAUUAAGAUAGUAAUCACCAUGAGCAGCACCCCAAACUCUGUCAGUGACCCAGAGAACUCCCUGCACCUGAGGGUAACCAGCUCCGACAGAACCAGUGUCAGACCCAAUGCAGAACCUGCUGGCCCAGGAGACAGUCCUGCAGACCCUGAGCAGGUCAGAAUCCCUUUGAUCACCCUCGAGUUAACAGAGGAUGGAGGAGGAAGAGGCGUCUCUUGUUCUGAAGGGAAUGGAGGAGAAAGUACCCUAAAGAGAAUGGAUGUGAUGUCACCUGAUCGUUGUCCGGGCUCUGGGCUUGGGGAGUAUAGCACCAAGGACGGAAGUCCCACCCCAGGUCCCACACUUGCGACAAUCACAUCCAGUGUGGAUCCUGAGCCUGAGGGGAACAGAGAGGGCCAGGGAAACCUUGACCCAGCCUCUUGUAAGAGCAGCCAUGAGAAAAGGCAUACCCGUGUGCUCAGUGUGGACAGUGGGACCGAUGUCUUCCUGAGUCGGAGCGCCAAAGAGGUGGUGAGUGACGGCGAGAAACCCAUCCCAACCUCCAAAUCAGACCUGGAGGCCAAGGAAGGAGAGAUUCCAAAUGAGUCCAACUUCCUGGAGUUUGUCUCCCUGUUGGAAUCCAUCAGUACAUCUAAGGUGAUGGCGUCCGACUCCGCAGCAGAGCAGAAAGGAGCAAAUCAGGGUCCUGAAGGUCACGCCUCCCCAGGGACCAAGGAAGAAACUGUGGAGAAUGAAAAACCCAACGAACGUGAUCCCAAGCCAGGAAAACCAGACUUGCCAAGCCAAGACCCUGCUAAUGCCAGCCCGGUGUUCACACAGCCUGCCAAGACCACAGCACUUUUCCAGGGCAGCCGGCAGAGGCACAUCAUCUACCGAGUGACUUCCCAACAAGACAGCUCAGUGCUGCAGGUCAUCAGUGGGCCAGAAACGUCUGUGCAGGAGGAGAUGUCCCUGGAUGCUAUGCAUGUUUUCAUUGAUGAGCACGGGGAAGUCAGAUCCUGCUACUUAAAGUCUGGAAAUCAGAAAGAAGUCUCCUCCCAGCAUCCAUCGUCGAACCCUGACUGUGUGUCUCAUGCCAGAGAGAUCCUUCUCAGCUCCUCCAGCACCACCACCACAGGAAGUCCAGAUCCAUCCUCAGGGGACCCCGCAGUCAGUGCCCUUCAACAACAGCUCUUACUCAUGGUGGCUCGGAGGACACAGUCGGAAACCCCACGGCACGUCAGUCAGGAUCUGGAAGACUCAUCGCGCUCUUCAGCACAAGGGAAGUUUAACCGAGAGCAGUUUUACAAAUUCAUCAUCUUCCCUGGGAAGUGGAUUAAAGUCUGGUACGACCGACUCACUUUGUUGGCACUGCUGGAUCGAACUGAAGAUGUGAAAGAGAACAUGGUGGCGGUUCUGCUCAGCGUUCUGGUUUCCCUCCUGGGCUUUCUGACACUGAAUCGUGGCUUCUGCAGAGACUUAUGGGUACUGCUUUUCUGCCUGGUCAUGGCUAGCUGCCAGUACUCCCUGCUCAAGAGCGUCCAGCCUGAUCCAGCCUCACCCAUACACGGUCACAACCAAAUCAUCGCCUAUAGCAGACCCAUCUAUUUCUGUGUGCUGUGCGGCCUUAUUUUGCUUCUUGACGCAGGGGCCAAAGCCAGACACCCUCCCAGCUAUGUCGUGUAUGGCCUGAAGUUCUUUACACCAGAGACCCUGCAAUCAGUCAGGGACCACUUAAUAGUAUUUCUGUGUUGCUUCCCUGCCAUCUCUCUCCUCGGGCUCUUCCCACAGAUCAACACCUUCUGUACGUACCUCCUGGAGCAAAUCGACAUGUUGCUCUUCGGGGGUUCUGCUGUCUCUGGGAUCACUUCGGCUGUGUACAGCGUGGGCCGGAGUGUCCUGGCAACAGCGCUACUCUACGUCUUCUGCUUCAGUGCCGUGAAGGAACCAUGGAGCACACAGCACAUCCCAGCACUGUUCUCGGCCUUCUGUGGUCUCCUGGUUGCACUGUCCUACCAUCUGAGCCGGCAGAGCAGUGAUCCCUCUGUGCUCCUGUCCUUCAUUCAGUGUAGACUGCUUCCUAAAUGUUUACAUCAGAACCUGGAAGAGUCAGCUACAGACCCUCUCCCUCAGAGGAUGAAGGAUUCAGUGAAGGAUGUCCUGAGAUCAGACCUCCUCAUCUGCUCAGCAGCUGCCGUGCUCUCCUUUGCAGUCAGUGCCAGCACUGUCUUCCUGUCCUUACGGCCCUUUCUCAGCAUCGUUCUCUUUGCCCUGGCGGGCACUGUGGGUCUCAUUACCCACCACCUGCUCCCUCAGCUCCGGAAGCACCACCCCUGGAUGUGGAUUUCACACCCUGUGCUCAGAAGCAAGGAGUACCAGCAACGGGAGGCAAGAGAUGUUGCUCAUUUAAUGUGGUUUGAGAGGCUCUACGUGUGGCUCCAGUGUUUCGAAAAGUAUCUCUUAUACCCAGCCAUAGUCCUGAACGCUCUUACUCUUGAUGCCUUCUCCAUAAGCAACUACCGGAGACUCGGCACCCACUGGGACAUUUUUCUGAUGAUCACGGCGGGCAUGAAGCUCCUGAGGACGUCAUUCUGUAACCCGGUUCACCAGUUUGCCAACUUGGGUUUCACAGUCAUCUUUUUCCACUUUGACUACAAGGACAUCUCUGAAAGCUUCCUCCUGGAUUUCUUCAUGGUGUCCAUUGUCUUCACCAAGCUUGGGGACUUGCUUCAGAAGCUGCAGUUUGUCCUGGCCUACGUGGCCCCUUGGCAGAUGGCCUGGGGCUCAUCCUUCCAUGUGUUUGCCCAGCUCUUCGCCAUCCCUCACUCCGCCAUGCUUUUCUUCCAGACAUUCGCCACCUCGAUCUUCUCCACGCCCCUGAGUCCGUUCCUUGGGAGUGUCAUCUUCAUCAUGUCCUACGUCAGGCCGGUGAAGUUCUGGGAGAGAAGCUAUAAUACAAGGCGUGUGGAUAACUCCAACACAAGGCUGGCCGUGCAGAUGGAAAGAGACCCAGGGAGUGAUGACAACAACCUUAACUCCAUCUUCUACGAGCACCUGACUCGAACCCUGCAGGAGUCUCUCUGUGGAGAUCUGGUGCUCGGCCGCUGGGGCAACUACAGUUCCGGUGACUGCUUCAUUUUGGCGUCAGACGACCUCAACGCCUUCGUCCAUCUGAUUGAAAUCGGAAACGGUCUUGUCACUUUUCAGCUUCGGGGACUGGAGUUCCGAGGAACCUAUUGCCAGCAGAGGGAAGUGGAGGCGAUCAUGGAGGGUGAUGAGGAUGACAGAGGCUGCUGCUGCUGCAAACCCGGCCACCUGCCACACCUGCUGUCCUGCAAUGCUGCCUUCCACCUACGCUGGCUCACCUGGGAGAUCACGCGCACGCAGUACAUCCUCGAGGGCUAUAGCAUCAUCGACAACAACGCAGCCACCAUGCUGCAGGUGUUUGACCUCCGCAGGGUGCUCAUCCGCUACUACGUCAAGAGCAUAAUAUACUACAUGGUCACUUCCCCCAAACUCGUCUCGUGGGUCAAGAAUGAAUCCCUGCUGAAGUCCCUGCAGCCCUUUGCCAAGUGGCAUCACAUCGAGCGGGACCUCACCAUGUUUAACAUCAACAUCGAUGAUGACUACGUCCCGUGUCUCCAGGGGAUCACCCGGGCGAGUUACUGCAAUGUGUUCCUGGAGUGGAUUCAGUACUGCGCAGGGAAAAGACAGGAGCUCUCCAAGACCCUGGAGCAUGUCGACAGUGACGAAGACUCAGCUCUGGUGACACUUUCCUUUGCCUUGUGCAUCCUGGGAAGGCGAGCUUUGGGAACAGCAGCACAUAACAUGGCCAUGAGCCUGGACUCCUUCCUCUACGGCCUGCACGCCCUCUUCAAGGGUGACUUCCGGGUCACGGCUCGAGAUGAGUGGGUGUUUGCUGACAUGGACCUGCUGCACAAAGUUGUUGUUCCUGCCAUCCGGAUGUCCCUGAAACUGCACCAGGACCAGUUCACCUGCCCCGAUGAGUAUGAAGACCCAGCGGUUCUCUACGAGGCCAUCCAGUCCUUCGAGAAGAAGGUGGUGAUCUGCCACGAGGGAGACCCAGCCUGGAGAGGAGCAGUGCUGUCCAACAAGGAGGAGCUGCUGACUUUGAGGCAUGUGGUGGAUGAGGGUGCAGACGAGUACAAGGUCAUCAUGCUCCACAGGGGAUUCCUGAGCUUCAAGGUCAUCAAGGUGAACAAGGAGUGUGUCAGAGGACUCUGGGCAGGGCAGCAGCAGGAGCUCAUCUUCCUGCGCAACCGCAAUCCCGAGCGCGGAAGCAUCCAGAACAACAAGCAGGUCCUACGCAACCUCAUCAACUCGUCCUGUGACCAGCCACUGGGCUACCCCAUGUAUGUCUCUCCAUUGACCACGUCCUACCUGGGCACCCACAAGCAGCUGCAGAGUGUCUGGGGUGGACCUAUCACACUGAACCGUGUGAGGACGUGGUUCCAGACGAGGUGGCUGAGAAUGAGAAAGGACUGUAGUGUGGGCCAGCGGAGUGGUGGCAACAUUGAAGAUGGAGACGGAGCCGUACCUUCAGCGGGUGGCGGUAACGCCCCUAAUGGCGAGAGCCGGGACAGCAGCACAGAACAACCCAGGAAAGGAGGCACCCAGCAGUGGGCCUCACCCCAUGGAGAGGCUCAGAGGGCAGGCAGAAGGAAGGGCAGAAGCCAAUCUGUCCAGGCGCAUUCAGGGAUAAGCCAGAGGCCACCUACUCUGAGCUCCUCAGGUCCCAUUCUAGAGAGCCACCAGGCCUUCCUUCAGACAUCCACAUCUGUGCAUGAGCUAGCCCAGAGACCCUCAGGCAGCCGGCUCUCCUUGCACACCUCGGCUGCAUCUCUGCAUUCCCAGCCUCCUCCCGUCACCACCACAGGCCACCUGAGUGUCCGAGAACGGGCCGAGGCGCUCAUUCGGUCUAGCCUGGGCUCUUCAACCAGUUCUACUCUCAGCUUCCUCUUUGGCAAAAGGAGCUUCUCCAGUGCGCUCGUCAUAUCUGGACUCUCUGCCGCAGAGGGAGGCAACACCAGUGACACCCAGUCAUCCAGCAGCGUCAACAUUGUGAUGGGUCCUUCCGCUAGGGCCGCAGGCCAUGCUGCUCGGCACUUCUCAGAACCAUGUGAACCCACUGACAGCCCAGAGCAGGGGCAGCUUCAAGAUGGACGCCUGGCAGAGGCUGUGGAGGAGAACCUGGGGGUGCUGUGCCGGAGAGCAAGCCAGGAGGACAUGGGCCUAGAUGACACGGCUUCCCAGCAGAGUACCUCUGACGAGCAAUAGUGGAUCACACGUCUAGUGGGGAAAUGGCGAUUCUCCCCCUGCUCCAAAGCCACAUGGUUCUUCCCGAGGGAAAGGCAGAGCUGUUCUAGAAAAACAAUAAUGUUAUCUCAGGUUUUGAAAACACUCCCACACCAUGGAGGGGGGAGGUGAAGAGAAGACAUUGUACCUCCUCCCUCAAGCACCGCUCAGAAUUUGGACAUUUCUCACAAAAGCCAUGUUAUAUCUCAAAACAACUAGAGUGCAUAGGGCCCGUGACUAGUUCCUUCCUGCGCUGGUUAAAUUAGAACAGCCGCAUGCUAAGUUAUUGGCAUUUUACACGUUAUUGUCACCGUUUGAGAGCACCGGAGUCACAACUCCUAAGCCAGCAGCGGUAGGUCAGAGGCCUUCAAGCCUCGUUCUUUAUUACCUUUGCACAGCUGUACGUGCAAGUCACUAGCAACAGCCUGGUGGUGCAUUGGUCCCAGAUGAGAGUUAGAGGUGAUACACUCCUCUUUCAAGUUCUGGGCCACCCGGGGCCCCUGCGUGCUUCCCAGGAAUGCAUGCUGUGUCUUCCAAGUUGAUUGAGUUCUACUGUACGUGAGCACAUUUGCACAGACCUUUGUUUUAGGGAUUAAAAUGUUUACAGUUA